AUGUCACGAUCUCCAGGCUCUGAAUCGGAGGCUCGACAGCUUUUGGGGCUUGUUGACCUACUCCGUGAAUCCGUGCUCACCGUUACGCAACAAUGGGAGAAGGAACGUAAUUCGUCUGUCACGGAGGAUUCUGCACAGCAAACAGUGCCCAGUCCGGAUUUGUUCGAGGCUCAAAGAAGAAUCGAGGCCAUCGCCGGCACACUCAUAGCGCUUGUGGCAGAGCCUUCUCACAGGAUCCAGCAAGUUAUGACUCUGGCCGUCCAAGCCAGAGCACUAAUUCUAGCCACUGAGAUGAAAAUUCCAGACAAGUUGACAGCCGCCGGAAAGCAAGGAAUCCACGUCAGUAUGCUGUCAGAGCGUACCGGGAUUGAGUCUCGCAAACUUGCUCGCCUCAUGCGAACCUUGUGUACCAUUCACAUCUUCAAUGAGCCUGAAGAGAACCGCUUCACGAACAACCGCAUUUCACAAGUCUUAGUGGACAAUGAGCCGCUGAGGGCUCUGGUGCAGUUAGCGAGCAUGCACUCAUUCACAUCUGAGUACUUAGGUAAAUACCUUCUGGGUCCGACUGGAUCCUCUUAUGAAAAAGACGAGACAGCGUUCCAGAUCGCGCUAGGCACGGACAAGACGCAGUUCGACUGGUUCGCCGAGAAAGUCACAGUUGAGGAGCUCGAACGUGGAGGUCGCGGUACUGGCUACCCGGGGUUCUUCUCCAGGCCUGAAGACGGCAACUGGGAGGGGCCAGACUCCAACGGGUUGAUAUCCCGCCCUGAACUGGCAAACUUCGGAAAAGCGAUGAUUGGUAGCGGAUCGGUCAAUAGUCCCGCUCAUGUUUUGGACUAUCCCUGGAGCAACCUCGGAAACGGUGCCACCGUCGUAGACGUGGGUGGCGGGGUUGGAGGUUUCGCACUUCAAAUGCUGAAAGCCCACCCUCACUUGCGGUUCAUCGUGCAGGACCGUCCUGAAGUUAUCAGUCAAGGAAAGAAUGAAGUCUUUCCCAUUCAUGCGCCGUGGGCAUUGAAAGAUGACCAAGUCACCUUCAUGGACCACGACUUUUUCCAGCCUAACCCUGUUGUUGGCGCAGACGUAUAUUGGCUUCGUCGCAUCCUGUAA